CAACUUGUUUAUAAACAAUAAUGAACUCUCCCACAAAGGUCUGAAUAAGUUAAAAAUGAUGAAAUUCCAUUCAUCACUGUAUAAAUAAAUAAAUAAAUAAUCAAAGCUGCUGCUGGUUUUGAUGCUGACACUGUCACGGAACUUCAUAUGUUUGCUGAUAUAUUUGGGGCUGACCGCCUUAAUGAAGCAUGUGGCAAGUACAUAUCUCUAUGUGAGAGGCGGCCAAACCUCAUCAACCAAUUGAAGUCGGGGUCAGAAGACCGAGCUAUUCGUUCCUCAUGCACAUCAGAUAUGUCCAUCGACAAUGAUCUGCCCUCUCCGCCGCAUCCAGAACCAACCACACAUCAGAAGCCCCGUCACACUUUUAGUAUAGAAUCCAGUGUAGAGAGGGAUGUGGGAAAUAAUCCGGACAAAGCCACUGGUGAAAAUGAUAAGAACGAUGAGACAUCAGCUCCUGACCAAACAGGUUCUAUUCAAGCCAGUCAAGCGGGAAGGCGACUCAGUGUUCAGGACAGGAUAAACAUGUUUGAGAACAAGCAGAAAGAGAAUUCUGGGGGAAAGCCUCCUGUUGUAAAACCUGUUGAGCUGAGGAGGCUGUCGUCUGAUGUGUCAAUGAUGGGAGCAGCUGCAGAGAAGGGAGUCUUAAGGAGGUGGAGUGGAGUUGGUGAUAUGAGCAUUGACUUGAGUGCUGAAAAGAAAGACAGUUAAUUUCAAAACAAGAAAAUGAAAUAACAAAUGUAUCGUAUCUAUUUCAGUGUAAGUUAAUGGGCUUAUAUCAUUUGUAACACUACACAUGUAAUGGGAAUUAUGGGAUAUUAUCCGAUUAAUAUUUACUUGUAAA